UGAAAAUGGCGGUUGUGUUGGUCAAAGUGGAUCGGAGCGUGCGUAAAUGAUAUUUCCGUAAAAUCUCCUCGUGGACGAGACAGAAACUCUCGAUUGCUUCGCCAUGGAAAGUGACGAUUCAGAAAGGCAGAAAAAACUGGAAGCAGGAAAGGAAAAGCUGAAGAUGUUCCAGAAGAAGAAAUCGGGAUCAGGGACGAAGAAAAAAAAGAAAAAAGACAGGUCUUCAACGAGUGGUUCGGCGCGGAGUCCUUCACCUGGAGAGCGACGACGAAGAAGUACCUCGCAAGACCGAGGCACGAAGCCUGCACAACCUGAAGCUGCAGUUGCUGCCGAAGAAAAAGUUCCCAAAAAUGAAGGAGAAGACGUGGAAGUGGAGGAAAUUAGCCAGGCAGACACAGAUAGAGAUGCGCCUUCUAUCGCUUCCGAAGUGGGCUCUCCAAUUCCUUUUGACGCGGAACAAGAGCAAAACUCGCAAUCGGGAAGCUAUAUCAGCGGGAGUGAGUAUACCAGCGGAGAUUAUUCUGAGGAAGGUGGAUUGGACAGUUAUGACAUUGCAAAUAUAGAACGAAAUGAAUUGAAGAACAAGGCACAAGAAUUGGAAGAAGAGCUUACUGCUAAAAAGGCAGCAUUGAAGCAGAUCAGUCGUGAAAAUGCUGAGUUAAAGGGAAGACUUGAACUGAUGUUGCAAGAUCAGUCUGGAGGCUCAGUAAUCAAGGACCUCAGCAGGCAAGUAGAAGAAAUGAGAGAAAGUUUACAGAUGAAGCAGUCCAUUCUCCAAGACAUAAACAAAGAAAAUCAGGAUCUUCGAGCCAAACUAGAACAAGGUGAACAGAGGGAAGGAAAGCCUGAUGGUGGGCAACUUGAAGAGUUGAAGGUUAAAAUGAACGCCCAGCAAAUGACUUUGGAUGGACUGAAUGAAAGAAAUAGGUUUCUUGAGGAUGAAAAUACAAGGUUAAAGAAACAGAGGUCACAAGGUGGUGAUAUGCAAACAGACUUCUCAGAGUUGGAGAACUUGAAAGAGACCUUAAGUGCUAAAGAGGAAGUCUUAGUGAAACUUCAGCAAGAAAACAGUGAACUUGCUGCACGAUUGAAAUCAUUUGACGAAAGUGCCAGUGGAAAGGUGCAAGAAAGUUCUCACAAAGUGGACGAACUUUCUAAAAUGUUGUGGGAGAAAGAGAGUGAGAUUGGAAACUUGCAGUACUUGAAGUCACAACUUGAGGAGAGACUUGGAAGCUUACAAAACGUCCAAAACGAACUUGAAGAGAGUAGAAGGCAAGUGACUGCACUUGAAGCUCAACUUGAAAAUUUAAGGGUAGAAGAUCAAUCUUUUGAGGAGAAAUCUGAAGUGGAAAACCUUAGAGAGAACCUUCGACUCAAACAAGAAACAAUGGAACAGCUUAACAAGGAGAAUGAAGAACUGAAGGAGAGAUUAGAUGCCCAAGGGACAACAGAAGUAAAAGGACUUCUUGAGGAAAGCUACCAGAAACUCCAGGAGUUAAGCGAGGAAUCAAAAGCAAAGGAUGAACAGCUUGAAAAACUACAAACUCUUCAGUCAGAGUUUGAGAAGAGUCAAGAUGCAAACAAAGAGCUUGAACAGCAAGUUUCAUAUUUGAAACAUCAACUUGCCUUGGCAGAAGACAACUCACUUUCUGAAUCAUCUCAGAUGGAGAACUUGAGAGAAAAUGUCAAACUUAAACAAGAAACAGUUCAGCAACUCAGCAAUGAAAAUGAGGAACUGCGAGCUAAGAUAGAAGAGUUGGAAAAAGGAAAUAAUGAUAUGGAAGACACGAGAGCUAAAGUUGAAGAUCUUUCAAAAGAGUUAGAAUCCAAGAAAGAAGAGUUGAGUCAUUUUGAAGAACUGCAAAAUGAAUUUCAAAGAAGCCAGGCCAGAUGCACUGAACUUGAACAAGAAGUCACCAGACUCCAGGGUGAGGUAGAAGCACUGGAGGACAACUCACAGUCUGAGUCAUCAUUGUUGGAAAAUUUGAAGGAAAACCUGAAAAUCAAGCAACAAACUGUUGAACAACUUGGCAAAGAUUACGAAGCAGUACAAGAGCAGCUGAUGGAGAGUAAGACAAGCUUGGAUGGACUGUCAGAGCAGCUCCUGAACAAGCAGAAUGAGUUGGACACAGUGAUAGGAGAGAGGGACAAGAAACUGAUGCAGCUGAUGGAUCAGUUUGCUGAGAAGGAUGAGGAACUUGAGGAUCUGAGGAAGAACGACGAGCAGAUGAAGUCACAAAUUCAACAGCUUGAAAGUGAUGUCUCCACGUACCGCACUCAAUCUGAACAACUUGCUGAUCGUUUGAGUGGGUCCCAGGACCAGUUGCUAGAGCUCCAAGAGGCCAUGGAAAGAAGAGAAGAGACUGUGAGAGAGUUGAUGACCAAGCUUUCAGAAAGUGAAAGUGAGCAGAUAAAUGCUAAGCAAGACGCUACCCUGGAAACUAAGGAGUUAACUGAACAGAUUAAGAUGCUUCAGGAGCAACUAGUACAGAGCGACAGUAGCCUCAAAACCCAACAAUCAGAAAUGAACAAGGCUUCCAAAGAACUGCAAGACACCAAAUCCUUGAUAGAAGAUCUUCAGAGCGAGAUAUCGGAGAAGGACAAUGUAAUCAUUGAAAUGUACAGUCUGAAGGAGAAAGACGAAGAAAACUACAAGGCUACUAUAGAUCAGAUCAACGAGGAAUUAAAAGAGAAAAUUAGAGCUCUUGAAAAAACAAGUCAAGAGCUGCAAGAGAAAAAUAGAAUACUUGAUCGAAUGAACGAAGAAAUUCAAGAGAAAAAUAGAACGCUUGAUCAAGUUAACGAGGAGCUGCUGGAAAAGACUAGAACGAUUGAUCAGCUAAACGCCGAUGUUGGAACUUUUAAAAGUGAGGUAGAAGAACACAAGGGUAAUGUGCAUCAAUUGGAGGAAAAGCUUCGUGAUGUUCAAGAGGUGAAUGCUGGUGAAAUUGAGAAACUCAGAGUAGAGCACCAAGAUGAGUUACAGGCCCUAAGUUCUAAACAUGUCGCCGAGUUUGAGAAUCUGAAACUAUCGAUGAGUGAGCAACUGGAGGAAUCGGGACUCGAGGUGGACAAAGUAAGGCAGGAACAGAUUGAGAAGCUGAAACAAAUCCACGAAAGUGAGCUGAACGUGCUGAAGGAAACUUCAGACAAGCAGAUCGCGUUCAAUCAUAACUUGGAACAACAGAUGAAAAAGAUGAAAGAAGACUUUGACAAUGAUUUAGCUCGGGCGAGAGAUGUCGUUGCUCAGAAAGAUGCAGUUGUAGAAGAUCUGAAAGAACAGUUGAAAGACAUGAAAACUUCAAGUGCAAGUGAAAUUAGCGAGCUGAAGAACGAGUUAAAGAAAAAACAAAAGGAAAUUGCUGAACUAGAAGACAACUUGUCGAGCUUUGAGGAAGAACACAGCAGCGACGUUGCGCAGUAUGAACAAUCCAUGCAGAAACAACAAGAACAAACAGCCGAGCUGGAGAAACAGUUGGUGUUAGAGCUUGGCAAUGAAUCUGCGAAGUACGAGCAAAAGCUUGCCGAAACCAAAGCUCACCUUGAAGCGCAAUAUAAGAAAGCGAUUCAAGAGCUAGUGCAGCGAGUGAAGGACUUAGAAUCGGAGAACGAAACACUGCAAGCGACGCACGGACAGGAAAUGGAGGUGUUCAGAGAGAAUCUUGCUCAGUACACUAGCAACUUAGAGGAACAGAUGCGAGAAUUACAAUCGGGAGCUCAGGAGGAACACGAGAGCGAAAUGAAAGCACUUCAGGCAGAACACCUUGGGGCGACGAAAAAAUUGGAGAGAAAAGUCAAGACGUUGUCUGAGGAGAAAGAAGCUUUGGAGACGAAGAUAAGAAGUUUUAGAGGUGAAGAAGGAGGUGGAGAUUCAGUGGGACAGAGUGAAGAGGUUGCAAGACUGAAGGAAGAUUACGAGGGCCAGAUACUAACGUUAAAAGAGCAUGCACAGAAUGAAAGAGAAAGAUUAGAGAAAGAGGCUGUCGAUGCGGUUAGCAACAAAGAAAAAGAAUUUAUGGAGGUGCUUGAGAAAGUCCUUGAGAAGCAUCAACAAGAAGUGGCAGAUUUAAGGAGUUACUACGAGCAGCAGUUGUCAGACACUGGUGAAGGACGUCUGGCGUUUGGAGAAGAAGAUGACCCGCUGGUGAUCUCCACGCAGCUGAAGCAGGAGAAGGAGAGAGAAAUCUCACGGCUGAAGAAACAGUUCCUACAAGAGAGCGAAGAAAGGAUCGCAUCCGCGCAAGAAGCGUUGCUGUAUAAAGUUGCAAAGGAAGAAGAGGAGAAUACCCGAUUACGAAACAAGUUGGCAAACAAGGACCAGGAAAUUUCUGAGGUAACUAGCGAGCGGGACAGGCUUCUGAAUGAGAUUCAGGUGCUGACAGAUACUCAUAGGGUGCUUGAACAGAUGACGGCCCCAUUGGAGCCAAGUCUCAGCCCUGUCUCCAGUCAGGUUGUGCAAGAGGAACCACUGUUUGUACAAGAAUCUGCCGAUACUCUGGAGGUUUUACCCGGUGCUGGAUUUAACGAAGGUUCUGUCUCAAAGCAAUCUGAUCUAACAACAAAACUCAACCAGAUGCAAGAGUUGGUCCGACAGAAAAACAUGGUCGAAGUUAAACUAAGCCAGCAACUGCAGGAGACAAAGAAAGAGCUCGAUAAGGAAAGAGAAAAUUACAGAGCUGAGAUGCAGGAGAGAGAAGCCCGUGAACGCGCGCUGGAACUCAGUAAAAGACAGCUUGAGGAGCAAUUGACCGCAAUGGACAGGGAGAACUAUGAGUCCCUUCAGGAGUUGAACUUGUUGCAAGAGAGACUUCAGGAGAGAAUUCGAGUCGAAGGUGAGCUAAGAGAAGAAAAGAACAAGCUGCUGAAUGUGAUCAAGGAGAAGGACGCCGAAUUGGCGAAGGAGAGGGGAGAACUGACGGAAAGACUGCAACAACACGAGCAAGUAAUUGAGGAGUUGCGUGACAGGAUCUCAACGUCGGACUCAGUCUCCGAUGAUGUGCAGGACGCGUUCGGUCGUCAGUUACUCGUGCUUCAGAGUCAAAGAGAUUCACUGUUACAGCAGCUUGAACAACAAAAGAAAGACCGCAACUCUUAUGUGGACGUGCUGGAGGAGAAGAACGCUUUAGAAGAUAGUUUAAGACUUGAGCGGGAACGACUAUCUGAGAAGCUUCGCCAGAAGGAAGUGUUGGAGCGAGAACUGAGUCGUGAGAGAGCUGCCCUACAAGAACAGUUGAUCAAGCAAGCAAAACUAAACGAGAUCAUCAGGCAGAAGGAUCUGUUUGAGAAGGAACUUAGGAAGGAAAAGAACGAACUUCAGGUUGAACUGGAAGCUAUUGAGUCAAAACUGCUCGAUAAAGAAGAGCUGCUCUUACACGAGAAAGAACGCCUCGAGGAGGAAAUGAGACAAAAAGAGCAACAACUGCAGGAAUGGGAACACGAAUUCCAUCAGAAAGAGAUGGAAUUCUUGUCCAAAGAGGAAUACAUCAGAGAGCAGUACAACAAAAAUCUGUUAGAGACCCGCUCGGACUUAGAGAACCAGUACUCCGCCUCGAUGCAACAGUUGCGGACCGAUUUGGACGAGGAUUACCAGCAGCAGUUGAGGAGACUGGAAGCUAGCUUGAACGAUCAUUAUGGCGGCGAGAUUGGUCAGCUCAAAGCCUUGCAUCAGGAACAGGUGUUGUGGCUUGAGAAAGACAUGGAUGAACUCAAGGAGAAGCAUGAAUACGAACUGAGCGAAAAACUGUCCAAACAGGCAGAGCAAUUUGAACAAAAACUAGAAAAGGAAGUACUAGAAAUCACUGAAAAACACAAGGAAGACUUUGAGAAUGAAUUACAGCAAAGCCUAAUUGCUACAGAUGAAAAACACCAGAGCGAAUUGAACGGAUUGCGAAAUGAACUUAUGGAAGAGUUCCGAGAAAAACUUGAAGAAAUGGAACAAACUCUUGGAGAACAACAUGCACAGGGGUUGGAGGAGCUACGUGAAGAGCUUGAAAAGGAAAGAUCCGAAGUUACAAAUGCAGCUUUAGAUGAUCUGGGAAGAAGACACGCUGAGGAAAUAGAGUUUAUGAGGAACGAACAAGCACAGCUGCUUGAACAGGCUACAGAGGCAAGACGACGUUUGGAGAAGAUUCACGAGGAGGAGAUCCAAGAGAUCAACGAACAAGUCAAACGCGAACAUGAAAAGUUGUCACGGAUGAGAGAGGACUUAGAAGGAACGUACGAUGACACUGCUAAAGAGCAUGCGCAACAGCUGGAAAACGCGCGGGCGCAGCUGGAGCAGCAGCGGAAUGAGCUGAAGGCGACGCACUUGUCGGAGCUGCAGAAUUUGAAGGCCGAGUUCGAGAGGCGGUUAGUUGAAGCUGAUCAGAAGCACGCCGAAGAGGUAGAGAAGCUCAGAUCGCAGUUGGAGCAGGAGAAGAUGGAGAGAGAGUUAGAGCAUGUAAGGGAACUGGAAAAACUUGCGGAAGAUAUGGAGAGAAGAUACAUCUCCAAGGAACAACAGCAUGCUAGAGAAAUUGGUGAACUGCAAACUGAAUUGCUCAAAGUCAAGACAGACAUGGACGAGAAACAGUUUUCUGAGCUAGAAAGUACCAUGAAAGAUCUCGGUGGAAAAUAUGAAGAAAACCUUCAAAAGAUUGUGAGAGAUCUUCAGGAUAAACAAGAGCAAGAAAUUGAAAGUCUAAAACUUGAUUUUGAAAAGAUUAAGGAAAAAGAACUUGAAGCGUGCAGAGAAGAGUUGAAAGAACAACAUGAAGAUGAAAUACGAUCGCUUAGGUCACGCCAUGAGAUUGAACUUGAAGAUUUAAGGGGGCAGUUCCAAGAGGAGAAGAUGAAGGAUUUUGCGAAAAUGAGCGCCAAAAUGGCCUUGAAAAAUGCACAGGCUUUGGAAAAGAUGCGACUUAAUCUGAGCGAAACACACGAGAAAGAUAUGGAGGAACUGAGAAUGGAAGGUCAGAAAGACUACGAGAGAACUGCUCUUAGGUUAUCCUCUCAAAUAGAAGGGAUGGAAAUUGAACAUCGUAAGGCACUACGGCAAUUGAAAAUGGACCUGAACGAAAAGCAUGAAAAGGAAAUGGAGGAUUUACGACGAGAGGUGAGCAGCAAAGAGGAGCUUUUGAUAGAUUUGAAUGAGAGCCAUGAAAAGGAAGUAAACGAUCUAAAACGUAGACAGUUCAGUGAUUUGUUAGAUGAGGUAUCUAGUGUAAGAGCAGAGCUUGCUUUGGAAGCAGUUCAGAAAGUGGAAGAAGCUAAGUUGGAGAUGGUUGAAGAUAGCUCCAGGAAGGACGCUUCUAUUCAAGAUUACGAGGAAAAAAUACAUCAAAUUCUCGAGCAACAUGAAAAGCAGGUCAAAGACUUGAGCGAAGAAUAUGAAUCGCAGCUCAAAGACCUCAAAGAAGAAUUAGAACUCUCCAAACAAUGGAUGUCCAAAGGCGUAAGCAACGAGGAAGAGUUGUUCGCACAGUAUGAAGCAAAAAUUCAAGACAUAAAGCAGCACUAUGAGAAGGAAAUUGAAUUUUUGAAGGAAAACAGCUCAUCUAAGGAUGACAGUGAAGGUGGCGACAAUGAAAAAUACCUGUUGGAGGAGUUGGAAAAAUGUCGAGAGGAAACCGAUGAGUUAGCAGCGAGGCUGGAAACUGAGAGAGAACAAUUUAAAGACAUAUACAAUAAUACAAAAACUGCACAAGAAACAGAGCUUGUGUCUUUAAGGAGAGAGCUGGAAGCUAAACAUCAGCAAGAGCUAAAAGAAACGAAGGAGCUUUUUGCCGAAAAUGUUGAAGCUUUGAAGGAAGAACUCCUUGUCGCUUCAGACGAGGCAAAAUUGCAGCUUAUCGCAGAGGAACUUGAGAAGAAGCAUCAGAUAGAACUUGACGCUCUGAAAGAACGACUUAGUGCCGAGCAUCAAAAUGAAAUGGAAACCUUCAAAGUACAGAUGAGUGAAGAGGUUGAAGCUCUCAGGGAACAGAUUCUUGACUCGUCCGAACAAGAAAGGUUUGACGUUUUGAAGGAUGAUUUGGAAAGGGAACAUGAAAACGAACUAAAGGCCUUACGUGAGCAGCUCGAGAGAGAAAACGAAGAGGAGAUAGCAAAGCUUAAAGAGGCUUUCGCGCAAGCUUUAGACGCUGUGCAAGCUGAGGAGAAAGCCAAAGGUGAAAUACAACCGUAUUCUCAAGAGAAAUUUGAUGAACAACUUGACGAAGUCAAGCGGCAACUUGAAGCGGAACAUUUGCAAGAAAUGGAAAAACUCAAAGAGGAUAUGUUACAUGAAGUGAAAACCCUUCAGGAACAGGUUCAGUUAGCUGCUGAUAAUGAGGUGGAAGCCACGAGGGCUCGUUUGGAGGAAGAGAAAGACAAGAUAAAAAAUAGAUUAGACGAAAAAAUGGCCGAAGAGAGAUCGCAACUUGAAGCAGAACACCAAGCUGCCAUGGCGCAAGCUCGACAGGAACAGGAAGCCCAACAUCUGAGCGAACUCGAUGCUCAACAGCAAAAACACGAUGCUGAGAUGAAAGCAUUGCAGUUGAGAUUCAACGAAGAGCUGGCCACCGAGAAAGCCCAGCUGGAAGAGGAGAAAAACGCUGAUAUGGCACGGUUAGAAGAAGCACUCAGCGGUAACCUCAGCCAACAACAAGAGUUACAGCUACAGAUGUUAAAGGAGCAGCAUGAUCGUGAACUCGAGGCUGUCCGAGAAGAACUGGUUCGAACUCACAUGGAAAAGUUCACCGAGAUGACUGCUCGGUUAGAGUCUGAACACGAGGCGGAUCUGGAAAAAAUGAGAGAAUUUACACGCGCCGAGAUGUCUGAGAAAUUCCAAACUGAACUGGAAGAGGCCAAAGAAGUGGCUCGUUAUGAACUUGAACAAGAACAUUUGGAAAACCUCCGACAGCUCGAGGCAAGCCUGGGACAGAAUCACGCAGAACAGCUACGCGGAUUGGCUGGACUACAACAGAAACACGUAGAUGAAAUUCACAACCUCAAGGCUACACACGUGACGGAAAUCGAACGACUUAAAAAGGAGGUCGCCCAAGCAUACAACGAUCAGCUUUCCGCGGUAAGUUUGGACGCCGAGAGAGAAGUUUCCCAAGUGAAGGAGGAAUUAGACGAAGCUCAUAGCAAGGAGAUUGACGCGUUCAAAGACGCACUUGAGCGUGAAAAGUCUCGCGUACUUGCGCUUGAGGCGGUACAGGCCAGCAUUCAGGCGGCCCAUCAUGACAUCGUGCAACGGAUGCAGGAGAACUUUGACAAGGAGAUGGGGAAUGUGAGGGGUAAUGUAGACUCUGCACAUGGAGAGCAGGUACAAGAGCUACAGAGCUUGUUGGAGGAGAGACACAAAAUGGAGCUGGACCGUGUCAAAUCCGAUCUCGCCGCUGCUGAAGGAAGAGCUGCUGCUAUAGAAGCUGAACAGGCCAAAGGUCUUGAGGAAGUCGAGGAGCAAUUCCGUAAAGAAGUGGAAGUAUUACAAGAGUACCUGAAUUCCCAAGAGAAAGAAUAUAUAGCAGAAAUUGAUAGGACUAAGGAUGAGAACGAAAAGCUGUUGAACAAGCUGCAGGAGAAACAGUCUCUGAUUAAGGAGAUGGAGGCUGAACAGGUUCGUCUUCAAAAUGAUCUUCAGCGUCAGUCAGACAACUAUAACUUGAUUUUGACACGUCGAGACAGAGAACACCAAGAGGAAGAUAAUCUCGUCACCAUGCUUCGCUCUGAUGUGGAGAGACUAGCUGCCGAGAGGGAUGCGUUGCAGCGAGCAAACGAGCGCCUGUUAAAGCUUCUUUCAGACGUGGUGAAACAGGCGGCUUCUACCGAGGAGACGAUAAACAAACAGCUUGAAGACCUGAUACAGGAGACAAGCCAAAAUGAAGAACAACUUACACAAUGGCCCUUACAUGAAUUGGAGUCCGGUACAGUAAAUGAGUCCCAGAUCCCACCAGACUCUAUUCGUCGCCCGCAAAGCUCGCUUCCUGCCGGGCUAUUGACGUCAACGCCUGCUGCGGGACCCAGUGCCCCUGCGGUCAACUUUGCGACACCAACCGGAGGCGCUACCGCUGACCUGUCCGAAUCAGAAGAUGCAACGCUGACCAGUAAGACUGACUUGUCACUUCUCAGUGAUGAAGGAUUGGAACUGUCACAGCGACAAACGGACACAAUCUUCCAAGGGCCGAGCUUGGAUGAACAAGCUGAGGAACUUGUGAUAGAUUCUGGGGUUCGGCUCAGAUCUGCUGCGCAAAAACUGCUCGAAGUUGUUGCCACGAUGACCAAACAGUGGAAUCAGGCCCGCAUGGCGCAGAAAGAGCUUCUUAAUGCUACGUCUCAACGAAACGAGGAGCUCGAACAAGUAAUGGCAGCCCAAGAGAAUCUAAUGGCGAGGUUGAAAGAGGAACUGGAGGAAAAAGAACGCCUGGCAAACGAACUGAAUAAAGCGAAUGAACACAUGGAAGAAAUGGCGGCCGAAAACGACAGACUACAAGGUGAAGCCACAGAUAACGUGAACAAAGAGAACGAGGAAAUGGAAAAAGAAAACGAAGAGUUGAAAUCAAAAGUCGAGGCUGCCGAGAAGGAGUUAAAAGAAGUAAAAGAUCGUGAACAGGAGCUGGAAGAGGUAAGACGAGUUCUUGUGUCUGAAGUGGAAGCUCUUCGAGAAGAAGGAAGGCUUCGCCUGGCGCAGGAAGUGGCGGAAAAGAAUAUUGAGGAAGAAGAACACUCGAAGGAGUUGAAAACGUUAAUUAAGGCUAGAGAUGAAUUGGCUGAAGAGUUAGAAACCUUGAAGGAAUCCGGCGACGAGCUCUUGGAAGAGAAUGAUGCACUGAAGGCUGCGGUAGAGCAACUGGUCAAAGAGAAGAAAGAUCUGGAGGAAAAGGUGGUGCGGGUAGAGGCGCAGAAACUCGAUGAACUUGAUGGCCCGGAGGAACUCAAAGCUAACGUGAAGGAAUUGAGUGAGGUUUCUCAGCGACUUAAAGAAGAAAACUCUGAAUUGGAGGCAAAAGUUGCUUCUCUAGAGAAAGAAGCGAAUCGGUCUCAAAUGACGGGUUCUGAGGCUCAAGUUAUUCAAGAGAAUGAUCAUUUGAAGAAGGAAGUCGAAAAAUUACAGGAGGAUAUCGGCGAGUUACAGGAAGAAAACGAAAAGCUGAAGGACGCCAUUGAACAAUUCAGGGAGGCAGUACAGCAGCUUUGGGACGAAAAAGAAGAAUUGAGUAUCGAGCUGUCCAAGGCGAGAGGAGAAGACACCUUGGAGUUUGACGAGCUCCAGCAGCUGAGAUUGCAGACCAAAGAACUGACGGGACAGAAUGAAGAGCUUACGGAGAAGCUUAAAAACGCUGAGUUGGAGCAAGAAAAGAAACGAGAACUGCUCCAGAAGGCGCAGAUUCACCUCGAAAAAAUUCCUGAGUUAGAAGCCGAGGCAAAGGAACAGAAUGAACUCGUGAAUCAGUUGAUGCAGGAACAGCUGCGGAAUAAGGAAGAGAUCGAGAAACUUCAACGCGCUGCGUCCUUGCAGAAGGAGGUACCCUUGAUACAGGUUACGACUGUAGAAACUGUUGAGGGAGGUAUUCAUGGCGAAGAAUUAUGGGGAGUUGAUGAUAAAACAGACGGCGGAGAUUCCAAAGAAGAUGAGGAAACCGUUCAAGAAUUAAAGGCAAAAGUUAACGAUCUUGAGCAACAGGUUGAAAACUAUAAAAAGGUCUUGGAAGAAAGUAUUCAGGAGCCGGAAGCAAAUAAGCUUAUGGAACUCGUUGAACAGGUUCGCUCUGAGCGGGAAGACUUAGCUAGCAGGUGCAAGGAACUGGAAGGGAAAGUGAACGAGGAGGGACAAUCUAAGGAAGAUAUGCAGGCUGCUAUUGAAGAGCUGGGAACACGCUUGAAGGAGUUAGAAGAGAGUAACUUAGAGUUAGAGAGGGAGUUGAGUGCAAAGACGCAAUCUGAGAUCGACUCGUUGGUGCAGAUUAAGGAUCUGCAAGAUGAACUGACCAAAGCUCUGGAAGCUUUUAAGGAAUUAGAGGAAUUGAAAGAUAAAUUGCAAGAGGAUUUGGAAACUAGCGAGGAGACUCAGAAGGACCUGGAGCGAGAGAGGGUGACCAUGCAGAAACAGCUCAAUGAUGGAUUUCUUCAGAUCUCUGCACUGAAGGAGCAGCUCAAUCGGACAAAGCACGAGGGUGGAGUAGAACGCGACGAAACCCCAACCCCUGUCCGAAUGCUCCGAGAUGAACGCGAAGCUUACGAUCGUAAAGACGAAGAAUCUCGAGCGUUAGCCGAGCAAUUAGACACGUUCAAAGAGGCUCUUGACAAGAAAGAAGACGAAUUGAAAAACCUGGCGGAGCAAAUGGAAGAAAUGAAUCUGAUGAUGGAAGAACAGCAGAAACUGUUGGAAGAUCAGCACAGCAAACUAAAGGAACAAGAAAAUUUGAUAAAUGAGCGCGAGGACCGCACGAAAGAAUUGGAAAAACUAUUGCAAGAGAGCAAAGAAGGGGUGGAAGAUAAGGAAGAGUUUGAUAAAGCGCUCAAAGGGAGCCAAGAUGCUUUGGUCCAACAACAAAAGGUCAUUGAAGAGCUCGAAAGUAAAGUAAAUGCCAUGGAGCAGUUGACAGCUGAGAACGGAGAAAAGUUAAGAAAUGCAGAAGAACAGUUGGCUUCUAAAGAAGAAGAGAUGAGGCUUCAGGGAGAACAACUUGCCACGCAAGGAGAAGAAAUCAAAUUGUUGCAGGACGAAUUAAAUCGAGAGAAAACUGUGAAGGAAGAGAGAGAUUCUGAAGCAGAAACCCUUCUAGCCAAGCAGUUAGAGGCGAUGAGUCAAAAAUUAAAUCAAUCGCAAGAGAUCGUGCGAGCCAAAGAGCAAGAAAAAGAACAGAUUCGUAAAAAUCUUCUGGCUGAGUCGCGCCAGUUGGCAGCUCUCCGAGCAGAGAUGGACCAAUUACGUGAAAAAUUCAAAUCUCAAGAGGACAGUCACGCGUCUGUAAUCACUGACUUACAAAAAACGCACAGAGAUGAAGUCAACGCCCUUAAAGCGGAGCUGACAAGGGGGGUACCCACGGGAGCUGAAGAUACUUUGAGUCCAAGUCAACAGCUUGUCUUUGAGCAGAAACUAAAAGGUGUUGAGGAAAAUCUCAAACGGCAAUACGAGAAUCAGCUGGUGGCUGUGAAAGAGAACGAGGAGCAGAGACGACAAAGGGAAAUAAAACAAGUGAAGGCUGAUCUAGAGAUGGACAACUUGACAAAACUGAACAAUCUGCGGAAAGAUCUGCUCACCACACAUAAUGACCAGGUGAACAGAAUGCGACAGGAUCAUCAACGAGAAAUAGAGCGUUUGAUGACUAUAUCAGGCAUCGAAUCUGCGUCACCAGAGAUGCGCGUGCGUCUUAACUCGGCGUUGGAUGAGAACGAGCGACUGGACAAUGAACUUGUUGGACAGCUCGUACGGCAGGCUCGCGUUAAGUCAGCAACUACUUCACCUCUAAAAUCCCGAAACACUAUCGAACCCUCCAAACUUCACGAGGAAGCUGAUUGGCGGGCAGAUUUGUUAAACGCCGUGCAAAAGGUAUUCGAGAAAGACAGGGAUGUCAUUGUGGCAGAGCUGAGGACCUCACAGAUUACUAACGGUCAUGACUCUCCCGGGGCCAGAUUACUGCGGGAUCAGAUACACGCACAGGAUGAACUUACGAGUCGUGUUAUGGAACACCUUCGUACAAAGGAUCGUGAUUCUUUGCUAGCUGAGAUUCACGAGCUUCGUAAGACCUCUACGAAACCGUUGAAGGAGCAGCAGGGAAAUCUCGUGGAGCAGCUGCAUGUUGAGUUAGAGGAAGCUAAAAAGCGAGAGAGAGACGUCAGGGCACAGUUACUGCUUAAAGGACAGCAGGUGGAUCACGUGAAAAAUGAUCUCACCAACUUGCUAACGAGGGAGAGGUCCUUAGUGGCUGACUUGAAGGAAGCCCUGGCGAAAGAGAAAAGUCGAAUCACAGAACUAGGAGCCACCCUAGAGAAGGAACGGGUCCAGGUCAUGUCCCUUAAAACAAGUCUUGAAGCUGAGAGAGUGCGUCAUUCAAACCAAACGCAAGCGUUAGAACUCGAAAGAGCAAACACUAAAAAGUACCAAGAUGCGGUCGAAAGCGAACGGCAGCGAGGCAAACAAGAUAACAACCGACUGAUGGAGAACAUUGAGGCUCUCCGCCGACAGCUGUCAGCAAAUAAACAGGAAAAGGUAGAGUUGGAAGUGCAGCUGGAGAGAGAAAGAAUUGCCAUUUCUACUUUGGAGUCUGAAUUGGAAACAGAGAAGGCAUUACAAGUAGAGGCUCUAGAGCGUAAUCGUGAGACAAUCGAUGAGUUGACUGCGGCUUUGAAAGAUGAACAAUCUCGAGCAGAACACGUUCAGUUGGCCUUGACGAACGAGAAACGUCAAACAGAGGCGUUGAGACACUCAAAGGAACGCGCAGAUCAGCUGCGAAACACCAAUAAAGAGCUACAAGCGGCGUUGAAUGCUGCCCGAGAGAGGUCUGUCGAACUAAGUACUUCUCUUGAAGAUGAGAAAAAUCAUAGCGCGUUCCUUGAAGUGUCUCUGGAAAACGAGAAAGACAAGAACGACGAAUCCGUCAAGACAGAGAAAAUAGUCGCUCAUCAGUUAAAGGGAGCUCUAGAUGUUGUCCAGAAACAAUUGGUUGAACUGACAAGCACGCUGGAAGAAGAACGAAUCCGGGCACGAAGGCUCCAGAAUGAGAGAGAUGUUCAACAAGCUACGGCCAUGAGUCACAAGGAAAGAGAACGCCAUCUACAGACAGAUCUGGAAAACGAAAAGAAAAAGCGAGCUCAACUCGAACAGAAACUGGGGAACGAGAGAGAAAAGAACGCAGAUCUCAACAGAGAUUUGACGGAGAGGGAUAAAAAACUGGGCGAGUUACAACAAGAUCUGGAUAGCCAGGCAUUAAAACAGUCAGAAAAGGAGGCGUCCCUGUACCCGCUUCGUAUGAGACUCCUUCUUCAUCAACAACAAUUGGAGUCUAUGAGACAACAACACCAGGUGCUGAUCAACAAACAUCAGAAUUCUGUUGACUCUGCUUCAACCAGGGGUAACAAGGAGGUGGAAGAAGUGAAAAGAUCACUUGCCAAUCUUCUGAAAGAACUUGAGCAGAUAAGAUCAACACUCACUGUGCAUAUAGACGACGACCAGACAGUGCCAUUGUCGCCCAUUAAAGCGGCUGCACAAGAGAGGAUCGUGCGUCAAAACACAGAACUGGCAGAAUUUGUCUCCAAGUUAAACGAGGAAAAGAAGGAAUUGAGAAAUGCUUUAGCUAAUUUAGAAGAACAAAUUGCGCAGUAUAGACAGCGGGAUAGAGCAAAUGAACAGAAUUCACGCCUUACAAAAGAGCAUGCCGACUCUGUGCUGAACGCUGAGCGUGAAGUGUGGGCUCAGGAAAAAGCUCGAUCUCAGCAGGCCUUGAGGUCAGCUGAAGCAGAGCUGGCUCGUUUGAGAGAAGAAAUCAUUAAAGACACUGGUACGCCGCGCAUACCACUCAGCAGCCGUGAAUCAGAUACCGACGAGAUCACGUGGCCACGUACUAAGCUCCUAAAGCUUUAUAAACGAUUUAUCAAGGCUGAGAGCUUUCGGAAAGCUCUUGUGUAUCAAAAGAAAUAUCUUCUGUUGCUUCUGGGAGGCUUUGAAGAGUGCGAGUCUACUACGCUGGCCAUGAUCGCUCAGAUGGGAGCUUACCCCAAGGAUCGUGACCGCUCCUUCAGACGGACAGCAAUCAGCAGAUUCCGCACUGCCGGGCGCGCUGUCCUCGCAAUCCAACGCAUGAACUUUUUGGUGAACAAAUCGAAACGUGUUACCAUCACGGGAUCACGCGAUACGCGUGAGAACACGAGUAGAUCACGUAUGGUCAACGGAGACUUAAACAGUCACGAUCACUCUGUUUAUCAGGCCCCUAGUCAAACCUACGCACCUCGGUCGACUGAGGAAAGGCCCGGUAGUGUUAAUGGCGUCCAUGUUGCGCCAACAUUGCAUUCGUAUCAGCCCAAUGGUGUUCCUUCGUAUGCUAACAGAUAUUCGCCGCGAAGUGACCGGAGAACUCGCGACAAACAUCAAACAGGAAUAAAUGGGCAUGUAGACUUCAGAAGUCAUACCAUGCCACCCACGAGUGCGUCAUCGAGUGAGAGACUCAGUGGAGGAGUUAUGUUUGGUAAAGACGGGCCUUUGUCGCACAGAAGUCAUGUCACGUCACCAAGCAGAUCAUCUAGAACUUUCUCCCCAACAUCCUGGUCGGAUACCCGCCCGACGUCGGCGCCUCUCGCUCGAGAACCGACCACGACCGAUUACACCCGAACUUUAAAAUCGCCACCGGUUAGGGACUCUGUAACUACACAGAGAGAUUACAGUCAUCGAGAUCGUUUAGAGUCUUCACCUCGGCAUUCUUCGCCUCGUCGCGGAGAAAGAUCGGGUUUACUGGACUUCCACAAUCACCACGAUCGUCCACUUUCACCGUCUAGAGCAUCUUCGUUGGGAUCGGCUCAUAACGACAGUGAUAGUGGUGAUCACUCGCUGAAUUUGUACAUCCAUAGAUUGGAGUCCUUACAGAACAGACUUGGGGCCUUUGACAGAGGUAAGACAUUUGCAACAACGCGUUCGAAGUAUACUGAAGUUUCAUUCUGAA